CACCAACCAACCGUACCGUUCCCUAUAUAAACCCGAAUCCAGAAACCCAUACCAAACCCGUAUUUCUCUUCACCUACCACCCUGCAAUGGCGGCUCAGAGCUCCUCCGCCGUCUUCUCCGGUGGAUAUGCCUUCUCCGCCGGUCGCAGCGGCGAUCCCUGCUCCGAUCCGAAGCGCGUCGGAUCCAUUUGUCUCCGGUCUCACCUACCCCGUCGUCUCUCCCUCUCGAACUGUAAGGCGAGAGGGACAAUUUCAUUGAGAAUUAGAGCCAUAUCGAAACCAGAUGAUACCGAGAAUUUCCAACCGGAACUAGAUGUCUCUCUUAGCCCGCGUGUUGAUUCUCUGAAGCCGUCGAAGACUAUGGCUAUAUCCGACCAGGCAGCCACUCUUGUCCAAGCUGGUGUUCCAGUUAUCCCGCUAGCUGCAGGAGAGCCUGACUUCGACACACCGGCUGUUAUCUCCGAGGCCGGGAUUACUGCAAUCCGGGAAGGUCACACUAGGUAUACGCUAAAUGCAGGUACUACAGAACUUCGUGAAGCGAUAUGUCGGAAGUUGAAAGAGGAAAAUGGGCUAUCUUAUGCACCAAAUCAAAUUUUGGUUAGCAAUGGAGCUAAACAGAGCAUCAUUCAAGCAGUACUUGCAGUUUGUUCUCCUGGAGAUGAGGUUAUAAUUCCUGCACCAUAUUGGGUUAGUUACCCUGAAAUGGCUAGAUUGGCCGAUGCAACACCUGUGGUUAUUCCUACGCGGAUUUCUGAUAACUUCUUGCUGGAUCCAAAGGAUCUCGAGUCUAAAUUGACUGACAAAUCUAGACUUCUGAUUCUCUGUUCUCCUUCCAACCCAACUGGAGCUGUUUAUCCAAGGAAAUUGCUUGAAGAUAUUGCUCGAAUUGUUGCUAAGCAUCCUAGACUUCUGGUGAUUUCUGAUGAAAUAUAUGAGCACAUAAUUUAUGCUCCGGCCACACACACAAGCUUUGCAUCUCUGCCAGGCAUGUACGAAAGAACUUUGACAAUAAACGGUUUUUCCAAGGCUUUUGCUAUGACUGGUUGGCGUCUUGGGUAUAUUGCUGGUCCCAAACACUUUGUUGCUGCUUGCAGUAAAUUACAAGGCCAGCUUACUUCAGGAGCGAGUAGCAUUUCUCAGAAAGCAGGUCUUGCUGCACUAGGGAUGGGCAAAGCCGGGGGUGAAACAGUAGCAAAGAUGGUUGAAGCGUAUAGAGAGAGACGAGAUUUCUUGGUCAAAAGUCUCGGAGAAUUAGAGGGCGUUAAGAUCUGUGACCCUCGGGGAGCUUUUUAUCUCUUUGUCGACUUCAGUUCUUACUACGGAGCAGAGGCCGAAGGUUUUGGUGUAAUCAACAACUCUGAGUCUCUGUGCUUAUACUUCCUUGACAAGGCUCAGGUUGCAAUGGUUCCUGGCGAUGCUUUUGGAGACGAUAGCUGUAUCCGUAUUUCAUACGCGACAUCUCUGAACAACCUACAAGCCGCGGUGGAGAGGAUCAAGAAAGCCCUCCUUCCCCUCCGAGCCACGGCCUCAGUCCAUCCAUAAAAUCUCCGAAAAAAACCCGUGCCAAUCUCAAGAAGCAAUCCUUUCUUGACUGUUGUUCCUUUCCUUGUAGUUCAAGUAAUCUUAUCCCCCCCUCCUAUGCUUUGUUGUACUUUUCAUUCAUUAGGGUUGAAAAUCGAAGAUUCCGUGUGAUGUGAUCUUUGCUUUUCCUGUCAUUUUGCGGAAAACAUAACACCUGUAACCUAAUCAGGAAAUCAGAGGAAUAAAUUCUCUUGGAUAUGAA